AUGCAUAACCGGUUUGCCAAAACUGACGAGGAUCUGCUUUGGGAGCAGGCUGAAUUUCUUAAAAAUCCUCGCGCUGAUCACAUUGUAAUCACCGUCUCCACCAGCAGUCAUUCCCCACGCUUCUCCUAUAAUGACCAAUACUCAUCUUUCUUGGGAUCUCCUGUCAGUUCUCAAGUUGUCGAGCACCGGUUUUCCCCCGACAACACGGUUUGUGCUUCCGAUGAACUGAUUCACAGAGGUAGUGGUCAACCUUAUGUUCCUCUUUUGGGUGAGAACAUUACCGAUACUGAUCUGCUCCGUUGUGCUGGCCGGUUAGAUUCAAAAAGUUCCUCUGGUAGGCCUAAAACUCGAAGUCUCUUUGCUAAACAGCUGCUGGCAGCUAAAGAGGGCGUAGCUUUUAAAGCCGAUGCCGCUUUAAAGCAGCCCAGGAAGGAAGUACCAAAGCUGUCGGAAUCCCUUCAAAAGUUGGCUGAUACUGGACCAACUGUGAUUCGCCAUCAGCAAGGCUUCGCAGCCAAUGAGAUUGUGCGGAUCCACGAAAACAACAUUAACUUGCUUUCACAGCUCUCAGAGGCGGAGAUAUUACGGGAACGGGAGGCCAUCAUUGCUUCCGCAGCUCUUAGACAUGGAGUACCGUUGGAAAAGGGAGACGACGUCCAUCAGUCAUCAGGAAGUACCGAAUCAUCUGCCCAACCCGACGCAAACUCAAUUCUCGCCUCGCUUGGCAUUGAACCAAACCCCUUGAUCCCCCACAUGGAUGUGGUUGAACCAGAAAAACUAGCGUGGAUGCAGGAUCUUCCGCACAUCGAAAAAGCACCCACAAAAGAGGUCAAAACCGCAAGCAUCUCUUUAUCGAAGCCAUGUGAUGCUAGAUUCGACCUUGAAGGCCGUGUGGUCCCCCCUGAUGCAGAUAUACCCACUUACUUGGGUCUGCAUCAUCAUGGAGACGAACCUGAGCGUGGUGGCUACACAGUUGGAGAGCUAUUCCAUCUGGCCUCCUCCAGCCAGCCCAUCCAACGACGCCUCGCUGUCUCGAGUCUGGCUGCAGCACUGGCUGCUUCGCGUCGUGGACAUCAUGCCUCGUUGCUGCAGGCGCCCAGUCUCCUCCCUUCCCUCCUUACUCGUCCUUCGGGGAUCUGCUUCCUUCUUCGCUGGGCUCUGGAUCAAUGCAUCAGCGAGGCCACACGCGCCUCUGCUGCUGUCGGUGGCAACAGUGGUGGCGUUUCCAUAGCUCUGAUUGGCGAGUGUUUCCGCGCGUUGAAUAACUUGCUGGUGGACGAGCGAGGCGAAAUGCUUCUGGACGAGGCAUUCGACUGGUCAAGUGAAUGUCGCAAAUCCAUUAUAAACCUCUCUCCAUCUGCAAUGACCCGGAGUCCGCACAAGUUUCGCCUGAAGGUGGCGACAGCAGCAACGUUAAAUGAUGGAACUGAUGGGAAGUUGGACCACGCGGAGGCGAUGGCGGCGGACCCUGUGGGCUGUCUGUUCGCUCAGACCAAUCUAGCAGCCCGAAUCAGUUGGAUGCUCUCGCCCAGCCCUGGUCUUUGCCUACCUCCUGACACCGUUGCUCACGCUCUCCCUGCUCUCCUAAUCGUCGCAGCUAGACAUUCUGCUGCUCUGGCUCUGUUGAUUUACAAGACACCCCAUUUAAUCGCCUCCCUCACUGAGCACUUCCUUCCUCUUGCAUGGAACGAUUUGGACACACCCCAAUGCCACAACGACCAACUCUCCAAUGCCUACGGUGUUCCUCUCCCCCGAGUGCUCAAACUAAUGCGCGUCCUCGCUCAACACAGCACUAAUCUGCGACUAAUGCUGGUAACUGACUGGUGUCUUGUUGAACGCUGCCUCGCCUAUCUACUCCGCCUUCCUACCGCUCUGCCUCCUAAAUUUGGCGUUCUUCUUCAAUUGGAGUCACUUCGAUGUCUGUCUGUGUGUCUGGAAGAACCGAAACCACCAUCGAAAGCUGUUGACCUCACCGGGCGGGCGUUAGAUGGGCUCGUGGCAGCUGCACAGACGGUGAUGGAAGGUGAAAAGAAAGAGGACUGUCUCCGGAUCGCAUGGUCAUCGUUCUUCGCUAACGUCAUAGUGCCGCGUUUUUCACAGUACCUCUCUAGUGGCCACUUCGAGCGUAUUCGCGCUUGGGCGAAGGGAUUAUCUGAGGAGGUCGCGUUAAGCGAGGAUGAGGGGGAGGAAGGGAGGAAGGCUCUUCCACCUGCAUUGAUUGCUGUCACUGUGCACCUCUUGAAGGCACUGGGCAUGGAGGAAUUGAAAACUUCCCACGCCGACGUUUUGGCGCCUGGCGUUGGCUCAAUCUACACCAACAAUGACCCAUCCGCCUUCACUACCGAUGUAAUCUUCGAAUCAGGCGAAAACGAAGACCUCCUCUUUCCCAUUACUGUCUCAUCUGCCCCACCCUGUCUUCCUGAUCUGGGAAUGUCUACCUGUCUUUUCUACCGCGGACCCUGUACCGCUAGCAGCGAGUCCUCCGCCACCCUUCCUGCCAUGUGGUGGCCGUCCUCCACCCACUCACUCUAUCCUCGCGACGUUGUGGAGCCCCUCGACUUGGCUCCACCGAGACCGGCGAUCUGGCCGAGCUUUCUGCCUUUAGUGGAAGCGGCAGUGACGCUUGGAGAUGUUGAUCUAACCCCUUGGUGUAGUCAGCUAACUAGGUUGCGUGUGCCCCCGGUGGUGGAGAAAGCGUGUAGUACCGGCACCCCUUUGCCACAUGGCAUGAUGGCGAUGGAAACUGCGAUGAUGCAAAGAUAUCUUCUUGCUCAAUGGAGCGAUUCGAAAGAGGAGGGUCUGUGGUGGGCCACCUUCCACCUCCUUCCCUACCACUUCUUUGGGCAGGAGGCAUUGCUCAUUGAACUUAUGCAGAAAGUCAUCUUCCCUGUUUACGACCUGACUCCCAUCGAAAGGGGCUUCUCUGCGGAAGUUAUGAAUGCUCUUCCUCCUUGGCCUCCAGUUCAUGAGUCGUUUUCAGUUGGUCUGGCCUUCCAUGGGCAUCGGGUUUAUGUGGAAUACUUCAUCAAGUUGUUAGAAGGCUCCAGACCCGAAACCCAAGGGACUUACGAAGUUCUCAAAACCCGCCCCAGUUGUGAUUUCAUCCUACCUGAUGACUGGUUCUACAUGCCUCUCCUGGAGGCCUAUUUUUGGGGCUGUUAUCAGCAUACCUACGAAAACGAAGUCAAAAUAAGUUCCAUUGAGUGCAGUCAAAGUGAUUCUGAGGCCUACCUGGUGAAAGCCACCGCCUGUUUGGGUUGGAUUCAUCGACUGGUGAGUCAACAUUCGCCACCACGUUGCUUCCCGAAGUCUCGUGAGCUUUCCGCUGGUGGGCACUUGGCUCGCCUCUGCUGUGCUAUUUUGGCCUACCAAGGGGCGGGAGCGCUGUGCUUUAACGCCUCGGGUGCCAUUAUCGCGGAACUGAUCAGUCUACUGGCAUCAAAAUUGGAUCUGGGAGAGAUGAAUCGAAAUCCCGGGGCAUACCUUCCGCUGGACUUGCUCUCGCUUUAUGACCUAUUCAUUGACUUGUUGGAGCACUACGCCGCCGUCUCCUACUCCUCCUCAAUCUUUGGUAACCUUCUACUUCUCUUCCUUCAACCCACCGUGCUACCUCCCAGCUAUCGACGUGCUCUGUGGGGAGAGCACCAAUCCGCACUUCGCGCCUUUCAGCUCUCUCCUGUCGUUCUGCCAACCGCCAUCUAUGAGAGAUUAUUCGAACCUUUGGAGACGGAUGAGGGCGUGCUCCGCGCCUAUGCCAGCGCUCUAUGCUCCGGAGUAGUGCAUCCCACUCGGCAACCUCUGGCGGCUCUCAUUGCGAUGCAUCAUCUCAAUCGGAAUAUCUACCUAGUGAAUGCUGUAGCAGAACAUGGCGCGUUUGUACGACAGCUCGCAGCUUCGCUUCGCUUCAUCAAUUCGUGUGGAGUUCAUGGCCACAGUAAGAUGGAGCAAUUAAUCGAUUUGCUACGGCGCUACAAAAGGCCGAUGGUGCGGAAACCUUUACCUGCGUCGUCUAUUUCCGAUCUUAUUCGGCCGACGUACGUCCCUCUAUCCGCUACUGGUGGUGGUGUGCAGAUCACGGAUCUGAUGGAGCUCUAUGGAGAGAAGGAAAUGCCUCCUUCGAGGCAUUUGCGAAUUCCGCUCUGUCAGAGUCGCGGGCUCUUAAUUACUAAGUGA